AUGCCAGAAACAUACAUCAUCGUUUCAAUCGUCGUCGCUCUCGUGACCGUCGCGCUUACAGCUGCUUAUAUGACUGGAGCACUUGAUCCUGUGAUCAAGGAGAUGGGAGUUCUGUUCUUCAAGGCUAAGGCUGAGGCGGAGGCAAAGAAGAUGCAAGCUCAAGGCAUGAAAGAAGGAGAGGACUUUUUCAAAGAUCAACUCAAAGGCAACAAACAGGCUUCGGAUGUCGCUGAUAAUUUUGGGAAAGUUGGAGGUGGACUUGGUGGAUUGAAAGUUGGAUUGUGA